AUGCCAGGCACCGUAAAACCAACUGUCCUCCACCUUGGAGAUCCUAUCGAGUACAACCCCGAUCUCUACAAGGACCUGGAACAAGUCGCAACGAUCAUCAGACCAUCAGUUGAGGAAAGACAAAGAGAUGCCUUCUUGCAGGCUCUAAAGGAAAAGAGAUGGGGCGACUUCUCGGCUAUCAUGAGGCCCUUCUGGAAUUCUGGCGGCGAAAUGGGUCGUUGGGACAAGGAGCUGAUCCCACUCCUGCCCGCGUCGGCCAAGGUCUUCGCAUCAGCUGGGGCAGGAUAUGACUGGGCAGACGUUGACUUGUUGGCGGAUGCAGGCAUCCUCUACUGCAACGGAGCCACGGCUUCAUCCGAAGCCGUAGCCGAUAUGGCGCUGUACCAUAUCAUCUCCGUAUUCCGAAACAUGCAAUGGACGAAUACCGCAGGGCGAAGCGGCGAUCCGGAACAAUUUCUGGAUGCGCACAGGAACAACAGCGAAACAGCGCGCAACCCGAAGGGACAUGUGCUGGGCAUCGUGGGACUCGGCAACAUUGGGUACCGCAUAGCCCAGAAAGCGCACGGAGCUUUCGAUAUGAAGAUUGCCUACGUCGACCCUAUUCCCAAGCCAGCGGAGCGAGAGGAAGCAGUAGGUGCAAAGCGUUACCCGGACCUGGAUGCGUUGCUCGCAGUGUCGGAUUGCGUGGUGAUCUCGGCACCGGGUGGUGCAGUCGGUGGCAAGGCCCUCAUGGACUCGGCGCGUUUGGCGAAGAUGAAACCCAAAUCACGUCUCAUCAAUGUCGGCCGCGGUAACCUGGUUGAUGAGGAGGCGUUGGCAGAUGCUCUAGACUCUGGACACCUAGUGGCGGCAGGCUUGGACGUCCACAACAACGAGCCCCACGUCAAUCCACGGCUUCUUGCUAUGCGAGAUGUGAGUCUUACUUGUCACACUGCCGGAGGUGCUGUUGAAACGAGAAUUGGAUUUGAGGAGCUUGCAAUGCGGAAUGUGAUGCUGGUUAUUUCGGGCAAGGACCCGUUGACGCCUGUUAACAAGCAUCUAUUAAACGGUACUUACACUUUUCCCGGCUACGACGUCUCAAAGCCAUGGCCAGGCACGCCUAUGGACGGCUGGACGAUCUCUAAAACCGCCCUCGACUUGAGCAACGAAGAUCGAGGUGAAAGUGGAAGCAUUCUGGGGGGUCGCGCUGUUGUGGGUGCCGACAUCAAGAUUACAGCGCCCGAGUCGCUGUAUGUACCGAGCAAAAACGCAAGCGACCACGGCAAGCCGAUCGUCAACGCGCAUCCCGACUGGAUCUUUUGCGCUUGGCGCUGGUAUCUCCCGGCAUAUGGCAACAAAACCCAGGCUACGAACCCAGACAACCUAGAACUGCCAGAAGAUGGUUCUUGCGCGCAAUGGUUACCUGAUGAGUGUAUCAAGGCUCUGGAAAAAGUCGCAAGUAUAUCCUACUGGAUCAACUCUGAACCAGAGGGGACAUAUGGUUCGCGCCACAGGUGCUUCGAACUUGAGGUUCCGGAUGAAUGCAAGGAUACCAAGCUUGAAGACAACAAGCCACUGCUCCCUACUUGGGGAGUGCCUUUGGAGUAUCUCAAUGGCUCAACUACUUGGCAAAGCGGGUUCACGAUUAACGAGAACACAACAGUGGAGGAUACCCAAGAGAUGUGGAAGACACAGACCGAAAGCUAUCAUCCUAUUGUCACAAUGUUUGGGCGCUACGAUAACAACUCGGAAUCUCUCUUUGAUGUCGAGCCUGGCUUCGCGAAGUUGAGCUGUGUCAGAGCUCUUCCGGCAAAGGGUCAGUCCAACAGCGGGAACAGUGAUGGGAAAGGAAACGGAAGCGGAGGCGACAACGACGGCGGCAACCGAAACGGCAAUGGCACUGACUCUAAUGGAGAUGAGGACAACAAGAGCGGCGCCACAAAACUCGGCACACAGGGGCUUGCUAUAAUAUUUUCGGUGGCUUUGGUGAACUGGCUCAUGAGGCUUGCAAAUGGGCUUGUUAACCCCAUCAUCCCGGGAUUCAACCCAGAUCCCACGAUCAUUAGGGUUGGAAGCGACUUUUUUCUAGCUACCAGCACGUUCGAAUUCUUCCCAGGAGUACCAAUUUACCACUCAACAGACCUUGUUAAAUGGGAGAAUAUUGGUCAUGCUCUCACACGGCCUUCACAGCUGAACCUUCGAGGGACUGCGCCAAGUGGAGGUAUAUUUGCACCGACCCUGAGACAUCACGAUGGUGUUUUCUACUUGGUGGAUACCGCUUUCGAUGUCAUCAACCCUCCUGACAAUGUGACCAGAGUUCCUCGGUCAUUUUAUGUGACCACAACCAACAUCUUCGACGAGAACAGCUGGAGUGACCCUACUUACGUCGACCAGUGGGGGUUCGAUGGCGAUCUAUUUUUCGACGAAGACGGAAAAGUUUACUUCACUUCCACGUUCUCGGAGUUUGUAGAGAACGGAAACUUUGCGAACUGGAUCACUGAAAUUGAUAUUAAGACUGGGGACUCUCUGAGCAAUUCACGGCUUCUCCACACUACUACAGUGCCACCUGAGCUUGGAUAUCCGUUGACCGAGGGUAGUCAUCUUUACAAGUUCAACGGAACAUACUACAUGCUCACGGCGGAUUCUGGAACCGAGAGCAACCAGAAAGCAAACAUAUACCGCUCGAAAAGCCUUGAAGGUCCUUGGGAUGGCAAUCCGCACAAUCCAGUACUUUGGAACGGAGAAGACAUGUCGCGGCCGGUUCUCGCCACAGGCCACGCAGAUAUUGUUAAUGACACCGAGGGGAACUGGUGGGCGGUCUUUCUCGCAACGCGACCUCAAAACCCACGUAACAGCAGCGGUCUUCCUCAACUCGGGAGAGAAACCUUUCUUUGCCCAGUUACUUGGGACGCCGAUGGAUGGCCGGUGUUCAACAACAAUGAAGCCAUCACCGAGUACGUGCCCGACCUGCUCUACGAUCUCGAUCGACCUCAGGUAUGGCGUGACGACUUUGAAGGCGGCCUCGUCGAUAAAUCAUACUACUACCUCCGCACCCCAUACAAAGACUUCAAAGACUUUGAAUCUAGCCCCGGAAAGCUGAGGAUUAGAGGGAAUGUAUACACCUUGAACGACAGAGAGACUCCUGCGGCGCUGUUACGGAAACAAGUUGAUCUUAACACCACAUUCAGCACCGAGGUCAGCGCAUUCGAACCUGAGAACUGGAGGCAAGAGGCCGGUGCAAGCAUCUACCUGAGCAUCCACUUCCACAACGAGAUCGCGCUCACUUACUCAAAUGCUACCCAGAAGCGUGCCAUCGUCGUUCGUACUAGGACGGGCCCGGAUGCAACUCUAAACACGACGUACGUCGAGGAUGCCGAAGUUGCCAAAGGCGGGCCCGUAAAGCUUUUCAUCGAGGCCAAAGAUGUGGGCUAUCGCUUGGGCUACUCUACUGGCUGCAAAGCUCCUACAUGGCUGGCCAGUGUUGAAAAUAGCUGGCUGCAGUCGUAUGUUGAAGGCUGGCAAAACUUCGUUGGUAGUCACUUCGCCAUCUACAGCACUGGUACCAGGCUCCCAACCCUGAACGUAGCGGAAUUUGAGUAUAUUCAAACUGAACUGAAUUGA